AUGGAAAGUCUCUGCAAAAAACAAGAAAUGAUAUUAACACGACAUAUCCACAAGAAGGGCAUGGCCCUGACUGUGCCAAAGCAUAAAUCUCUUGCUCCAGAGAAUCUUAUUGAAUGCACUGAUUUGGGUGAUGCAUUUACUCAGAGAUCUGCAUUGACUCAACAUUUGUUAAUUCACCUCAGGAGGAAACGUUACAUCAGCAAACAGUGUCGAAAAUCACUUACUGAACAAUCAUCCCUUACUCGACAUAACCAAAUUCACACACAAGGCAAAUUAUAUAAAUGUCAUGUGUGUGGGAAAGCCUUUAGUAAUUGCUUUUGCCUUAGGAGACAUGAGAUGAUUCACACUGGAGAGAAACCAUUUAAAUGCCAUCUUUGUGGGAAAGGCUUUGUGCAAAGCUCUGACCUUAGAAACCACAACCAAACACACACAGGGGAGCGGCCAUAUGAAUGCCACGUGUGUGGGAAAGCUUUUCGUCAGAAUUCGUAUCUGAGACAGCAUGAGAAUAUUCACACAAGAAAGAAAUCAUACGAAUGCCAUCUAUGUAAGAAGGCUUUCAGUCACAGAUCCUACCUUAGAAAACACGAGAGAAUUCAUUCUGGAGAGAAAUGUUUCCAAUGUCAUGAAUGUAAGAAAACGUUUAGUCAGAGCUCUGGCCUUAGCCAGCACAAGAGAAUCCACACUGGAGAUAAACCACAUGUGUGUCUUCUGUGUGGGAAAGCCUUCAUUCAAGGUUCAGAACUCAGACGGCACGAGAGAACACACACAGGGGAGAAGCCAUAUGAAUGUCACCAGUGUGGGAAUGCCUUCAGUCAAUAUUCUAACCUUCGACGACACAAGAGAACGCACACUGGAGAGCAACCAUAUGCAUGUCAGCUCUGUGGGAAAGCCUUCAGACAUUAUUCUUCCCUUAGACGACAUGAGGGAACCCAUCCCCGCGAGAAGCCCUAUAAAUGUAAGGAAUGUGGGAAGGAAUUCUGUCAGAGGACUCCGCUUUCUAUGCACAAAAGGACACACACCGGAGACAAACCCUGCAAGUGUCAUGAAUGUGGGAAAUGCUUCAGCCAGAAGGCUAAGUUUGACUCACACCAAAGAAAUCCACACAGCAAAGAAACCUUAUACAUGUAA